GAGGAGAUAGCUAGAAGGAGAUAGAGAGAGAGAGAGGAGAGGGGAUCGAGGAGGAGUCGGGCGGCCAUGGGGCACCACUGUUGCAGCAAGCAGAAGGUGAAGCGCGGGCUGUGGUCGCCGGAGGAGGACGAGAAGCUCGUCAAGUACAUCACCGUCCACGGGCACAGCUGCUGGAGCUCCGUCCCCAAGCACGCCGGGCUCCAGCGGUGCGGCAAGAGCUGCCGCCUCCGGUGGAUCAACUACCUCCGGCCCGACCUCAAACGCGGCACCUUCUCCGAGCAGGAGGAGCGAACUAUCAUCGACGUCCACCGUAUCCUCGGCAACCGGUGGGCGCAGAUCGCCAAGCAUCUGCCCGGGCGCACGGACAACGAGGUCAAGAACUUCUGGAACUCGUGCAUCAAGAAGAAGCUCAUCGCGCAGGGACUCGACCCAAGGACCCACAACCUCCUGCCCGCAUCCAGGACCCUCCUCAACGGCAACGCCGGAAACCCUAAGAACCCUGCCCAGUUCCACUCCAAUGGCGCCAUCGCCAACGGCGGCACGGUCGCGGCCACCACGCCGUUCACCAUCAGCUCCCCCAACAAGGCUGCCUACGACACUGUGACGGUCCAGCCGCCUCCGGAGAUGGCGCCAGCGUUGUACGACGUCCCUAACCACGGCAUUAUGAUGCGGCAUGACCAUGCCGCGGCGGCGGCGGCGAUUCCGGGAUACCCGUACACGGACAACGGUGGCGGCGUGCUGAUGAGCUUCAGAGAUCAGAAUGCAGGUGUCCAGACCUCCAUGGACUUCAUGAACGUCUCGUCGUCCUCUUCCUCCAUGGAUCAAGCCGCCGGCAUGCCUAACGGCAACGGCUUUAGCCAAGGCAUGGCCGCGGCGUUCCUGGACGAGACAACGGUAAUGUGGGCCACCGCCAUCGAGACGGGCAUGGGUGCAGGGAUAGAGGUGGCGCAGCAGCAGCAACCGCCGCCAACGCAAGGGCUGGUGCAGGCGGAGGUGGUCGGCCGGCCGAUGGUGAUGAACGGUGGUGGUGCGGUUGCUGACAAGGGCAUGGACAUGAUGGACGUCUCCUCGGUGUACGGCAGUGCCGGCGCAACGGCGGCGUUUGAUCUGGAGCUGAUGGAGUCGUGUGGGUUGUUUUGCGGCGGCGGCGGCGGCGGCAACGCCAUGGAGCAGCUGCAAUGGGACUGCUAAGCUCAUUAUUAUCCUCACCCCUAAUUAGUUGUUUUCCAUGUUUUAAUUCGAACGAUGCCUUCUUUCCUUUUUGAUGUUCCAUUUCCUGCGUUCUUGAUCCAGAUCGUCCUUUCAAGCAACAAAUGCAACAAUGCAUGCUGAGCUGAGUGACGAAUUCAGAUAGUCCUUUUUUAAAAAGUUAUCUUAAGUUUCUUUCUAAUUACUUUCAACCAUUUGUUUAUAAGCUCUUUGCGUGGUCCUCUUGAUUCAUUCGAAUUUUAUUCUCAGCAAGCAGAUAAUGAAUUGCAGCAAAAAUCACAUUUCUGAGCACACACCAAUCCUUAUCUUUUCUGCAGUCUUUUCUUGCACUGCAGUCAACUCAUGCAAGAGGAGCAAGUCAGUUACCAGUAGGCAACAGCACAUACGUUUCAACCUUCUAGUGCAAGGAAAGCUGUUCAAUUUUGUCAAUUUUUGCAGAGGCACACAAGUUUCUCCAACAAACGAUGCACCUUGCAUGCUUGCCAUAACACCUUUUGUCUCCAUGUAUAUGUACUCUCUUGCAGAGCAUAUACAUGCAUUGCACAAGAAAUACAAGUUCUUCCUUCAAAAGGGGAAAAAGAGAAGUUCUUCAAGCAUGCAUUUUUUUUCUAACAAACACUGCAUGCACCUAGCAAGAUUGCAUAUAAUUAAACCUUUUGUCGCCAUUUAUCUUGGAAAUUAAUGGAUAACCAUGCAUUGCAGAAGAAACAAAAGCUCUCAAGCUGUAAACAUGGAAAGGAGCUCUCAAGCACACGCCCAGACAUAUUUUAUGAUGAUAAGAUUAAGUCCAGUUUGUCAGAUUAUGUAUACCGUGACAUGCAUGUUGGUGUAAUAAUCUAAAAAAGUCAGCCUAAAAAGAGAGUUGCAUGUCUGAUCAUUUCUCUUUUACCAUGAGUUCAUGACCAGUAAGCUUCCAUUUUACCCCUA